AUGGAUAAUGCAGCUAAUAAUGGGACAUUUACGAUUUUUCUAGAACAAGAUUUGCUGCACUGUGGAUUUCGUUUCUGUGCUGUUGAGAAGCGAAUAAGAUGUUUUGCCCAUAUCGUGAAUCUUGCUGCAAAGGCAGUUACAUCUGCUAUUACAGCCUUGAAUGCUGUUCUUCUGGAAGAGAGCAUGGACAUCACCCAAGAUCCCAUAGCUGCUGUUAGGGCUCUUGAAAUUGAAGUAUUCUUGGAUAAAAGGGAUUUCGCUGAUCUUCGUAGGUAUCAACUCUCCGAAGAGGAAUGGAAAGCAUUGGACAUUAUCCAUCAGAUUUUGGCAAAUAUGAAGGAGACCUUCCCCCCAGCAGCGUCAGCCCUUGAUGAUGGACUCAUCAAACUUGAGACCUACAUUGAGCGACUGGAUAUUGUUCCAGCAUAUAUACUAGCAACAACAGAGGAGGAUGAGGCUCGGCAAUUAUUUUUACACAAGCUUCGAGAGUACCAGUCUUUAACCUCAAUCCCAUCAACACCUGCACAGUCACAAAUAUCAGAUCCACAUGGAAGUCACUGGGCAGAUGAUCUACUUGGUGACAAUCUCUUUGAUAUCACAAUGCAUCCGCAAAGUCUCGAGGCUGAAGUUGAUGCCUACUUAUCCGAUGUCAAGACUAGUCACAAUAUUGUGAAAUAUUGGCAGCAUCCAGCUCCAAUGAAGCUUCCAUUAGAAUCUUCAAAGGUGUCCAUGCAAUUGAAAACCUCAUCCAAAUCUGAUUGCGGACUGAGAUGGUCAAAGAGUGAAACGAUGACAAUGGUUGUCAUUGGAAGUGAGAAGAGCAGUGUGAGCAACAUCAAAGGAAGAGUCAAGAUUGUGGAUGAUGGUAUCUCAGAUAAGGAAGUCAGGGAUUUCAUGAUUCAUGGCCUUGAGAGUGGUAGCAGCAUCAAGAAUGGUGCAGAUGUAGAUGUCGACAGGCUUGGAGGGAUCAUGGACAGCACCAAAGAGGACUUGGCCUCUUCUGGGUCCUUGGGCUUGGAGAUUUUGCCACUGAUGAUUAGGGCUGCAUGCCGUAACUGUAUUAUAUGGAUACUACCUGCCGACAUGUUCUCUUCUCUCCUGACUCGUUUCUUCCUUUUUCGUCGCUCCCAUAGAUCAAACACUGGAGGCCGUAUGAAGGAACACAUCGAUGCUGAAAACUGCGACGAAGAUGGACAGCCUGCUGUACCUACUAAUUCUUGCCGCUGUUGCAAGAAGGAUAAGAAGAAUGGGAAGAAAAACAAGCGGAGUGCUGGAAUGAAUAACAUCAAUUCCAAUCCAGACGAUGGCGACUUCUCCAUUGAGAGUGAGUCAGAGGAUAUGAAAUAUCGUCUCUGGCACGAGCGUGCGGCUAUUGGUAAGACUUUAAACGACUGUAAGAUAUCCGUACCGACACCAAAAGGCUUUCAGAUUAUGUUUUACGGUAUGGUAUACGGUAACUUCCAUUACCAACUAGGACCAGGACCUUACGGCCAUAUACCGUAUACGUUGAUGGCCUCUCAGAGCUUGAGGACAGAAGAGAUCAGGGAGGAGACACCAGAUAAGACCAUGAUUGAAGCAGGGAUAUGAAUGAAUGAAGUGGAAGUGGAAGAAAAGAGCGGAAGAAAGAGAAUGAGAGUUUGGGGGUGAAACACAGAUAGCAGCACAGAUAUAUCAAUUUAAGGUCAGAGGAGCUCGGGGCCCAUAACCUAUUGAGGAAUUAAGGUUGAGAAGCACUGAAUAGACAUCAAACAGGUGCUUGAUGGGCGCUAAACGAUCACG